UUAAAACGGGCGAAUCUAUUUAUUUUUAAAGCUUGCUUUUUGUUUGUUUUUAAUUCCACCACUAGCAUCAGCACCAUGUUCGAUAAUUUCCCUAAAUUAUUCCUAAAACUAGACUGCUGGUGAAAGGUGACAGUAAAACUCCGGUAGUGUGGGACUAUUUUGGUCUAAACAUGGCACACAGGGCAGAGCAGACAGACCUGCCCACAUCUAGCUCUACAGAGUCUUCCUCUCCAUCACCUGAAUCCUCCCUGCCAUGGUGCCUGGCCCAGCUGACCAAACCCACCCCCUCAGCAGACCCCAGUGACCACACUAGGCCAGAGUCUAAACCCUCUAAAGACGCCGAUAAACGACUCAAAGCAGGUCAGUGGAGGGCUCUGGUGGCCAUCCGGACCCACCACAUUAAGGGUGGGAGCAGCAGGAUUGCAUGGUAUAAAGCACAGGGCGGUUUGCCUCCUCUGCUCGCCAUCCUGCGCAGGCCCGAGAGCUCCAGGAAGAUCUUAGAUCUCAGUCUGAGCAUCCUGGCCAACUGCUGCACCGAAAAGGAGACACGUGCAGAGGUGAGAAAGCUGGACGGCGUUUCUAUUGUGGUGGAGGUGCUUAAGAGAAAUGCUUCGGUGGAGACGGUGGAGAAUCGAGCAGCUCGCACUUUAGGGAACCUUGCCAUGGACCCAGAGGGCUCCACACAGGUUCAUUCUGCAGGUGGUGUUUCUCCACUCCUGCUCUGCCUCUCCCUGUCCAGCUCUCCAUCCUCCCCAUCCUCCCCAUCCUCCUCCUCCUCAGUCCUACCCCCACCUCCUUCCUCGGCCAAAACGGAGCGCGCUCAGUCGGCCGCCCGUGCUCUCUUCUACCUUUCCGACUCCCCCAACAACCGCCUGGCUCUGCUCUCCCAGGGAGCCUUUUCCACCCUGGCGCACUUCGUCGCCGCGGAGUAUCCGCUCGGCCUGAGACGGGCGUCUCUCCGCGCUCUGCACGAGCUCACCCGGGGCUGCGGCAUGGAGUGCGCCAGGGAGGUGGCUGUAUCCGGGGUGCUCACUCAGCUCGGGCUCUUGGCUUCGGGCGAGGCGGGGCGUGCUCUGGAGGAUCUGGCGCUGAAGAUCCUGGCCAACCUGUGCUCUCAGGGCUGCAUGCGGCCGCUGGUGGGAUCUCUGGGCGUCGUCCAGAGGUUCGCCCAGGAAGCGAAGAGAGACCCGCUGAAGUCGAGCGCCUCGUUCAAGGCUCUGUGUCUGUGCUGCAAAGAGGCCGUGAACCGGGCCAAAGUGAAAGAGAGCGGCGGCCUGGAGGUGCUGAUCGGGUUCCUGGGCGCCCACCGGGACCACCCCAUGACGCGGCUGGCCAUCCUGGCGUGCGUGGACUUCGUGUACGACGAGGCGGCCCUGGAGCAGCUGCAGGAGCUCGGCCUGGUGCCGCUGCUGGUGGCGCGGCUCGUGGACCUCGUCAGAGAGGACGAGCCGAAGACGGGCGGCGAGCUCUCGCCCGGUUCCUGUUUCGAUUCCUUCGAUUUCCCUCCGCCUGAGGGGAGCAGGAGGGAGGAGGUGGGCAAGGAGCCGGGCAACUCCAGCUUUCUCAGCCUCAGGUCCUGGCUGCUCUCUGAGGGUUUGAUCUCUUCAGAAGGGGAAUUAUUGGAGUCUCCAUGUGGACCAGAGAGCGAUUUCGGCUCCCCUCAUCCCUCCUCCUCUCCUUCAUCCUUCUCCUCCUCCUCCUCCUCACCUCCUCUUUCUCUUGUUUCUGAAGUUCCCUCCCCUCAACCUGCUCUCCUGAAGCCGGCCUCUUCUCCCUCCGCUCGAACCAAACCCGGUCGCCCGGCUCCGCCCACUCCCCAGAGCCCGACCCCGCCCGCCUGCGCCCCUACUCCGCAACCCAGACCUCAACCCGGUCCCGCCUCGCCCUUCAAAGCCGCCUCCCCUCCCAGGAAGCGACCUCGUACCUCUUCGUCAUCGUCUUCCUCCUCCUCCCAUCUGAGCCUCAUCUACUUGGACACGCCUCCGGUCGUGCCCAAGACGUCCACCUACCAGCACCCGUAUCACCCGGAGCCGUGGGCGCCCGAGUCGCCCAUCCUGCUCCUGCUCUCGCGCUUCUCCCACGCCGCGGACCCCAGCGGGGCGCUCGUCACCGCGCCCGUCUUCUCGGCUCUGCUACACUACCUGACGCAGCACCGGGAGCCCAGCGGGCGCUGCUGCCGCAUGCUGACCAGGAUCAGCAGCAAUCAGAACUGCCUGCAGGCGCUGGUGAGGACCGGCGCCGUGGCCCUCAUCAGGCAUCGCCUCUGCCUGGGGGAGGAGGAGAGGGCGGGAAAGGAGCGGCAGUCCGAGCGAGUGAAAGCCAAAAUCAGGCAGCUGGGUCAAGGGUUGCUGAAUAACGUGCGCGUUCAGAGUGAGACUGCUUUCGGUUCUGGGGUUCUGACCCACAUCGUUCUCUCGGGCUCUGAGGCGGAUAAGCUGUACUGUGUUCUCUCUCUGCCUUUAAUAAGCAGUAACCGGAUUCUUUUGAAGAAGCUGCUGCUGGACAGCGGGGGCUUGACCGCCGCUCUCGAUCGCCUCGACUGUCCGGACGGCGGCGACGAGGACGACCGCGCUGAUAGAUGUUCCUCGUUCUUCUCGGCUUGGUCCUGCCCACCUGAACAGGCGUCGGUUUCUAGAUCGCACGCCUUGUACGCCUCCCUGCUGAUCGGCUGCCUGUCCGCUCUCCUGGCGGGGUCGAAGGUCAAACCGGGCGCGGACGGUCCGGCCGAGACGGAAUCCUCUCCGGGCGAGCCCGAGCGGGAUCCGCGGCGCCGCUGCCCUUACCAGACGUCCGCCCACGACCUCGCGUUCGCGCUGGACGACGGGACUCUGCUCCCAGCCAGUCGGGAAGCCGUCUCGGGCCGAGCGGGCGUGGCCGAGGCGGAGUCCGCGUACUUCCGCGCGCUGUUGAGGGGCGGGUUCGACGAAGCCCUGAGCGGCGCGGGAGAACCCGUUCGGAUCCGAGACGUGACCCGAGGCGCGCUUCUGCCCGCGCUCCAUUAUCUCCACGGGUGCCGGACGACCCCCGGAGGUCCGGACGCCGCCGGGCGCGAGCGCUGCCCCGUGUUGUCCUCGCUGGUUCCCGGUGGUCUGGGCCAGCUCGGCGGGUUUGAGAGGAGUCCGCUCGCCGAGGCGAUGAUCGGAGCCAGCAGGUUUCUGGUGCCCGGGUUACAGAAGGUGGCCGAGGAGAUGUGCGUGUCCCUGCUGCGCUCCUCUGCCCAAAAACUCGCCCCUGGAGUCCAGAAACCGGACGAGUCCGCUGGACACGCCUCUCUCUGCCCCCUCCUGCCCCGGGUUUACUGGUUUUCCCAGCGCUACUCUUACUCCAGACUCGGCCUGGCCUGUCUGUCUGUACUCCUGCGUCCUCAGGAGGCGCACUUUACCCCCCUGCCUCCGUCCGUCUCGGCCGACUGUUUGCUCCGCCUGGCCAGGGAGGCCGACAGCACCGAGGGCCUGCGGAAGGACCUGCUCGGUCUCGCCACCGCGGCUCUGAGCUAAAGCGUUCAGUACAGGAAUGCUCGACGGCGUCCUGUGUGUCCAUGACGCAUUUUAUUACAAACACAGCUGUACAUUCUGCGUGAGGUCUGUUUAUCUCGUACCAGGGUGACGUGGGAUGCAUCAGUACUCUAACUGUUAACCGAUAACCGACAGGUCGUUGUAGCCUAGCAGUUACGGUACUGGACCCGCAAGCCCCACGAAUGCCAGGUUGCCACCGUUGGGCCCUUGAGCAAGGCCCUUAAUUCUCAAUUGCUUAGACUGUAUACUGUAAGUCGCCCAUCAAAACGCCAAACGUCGCCGAGUUACAAUCAGCAAGUCACACAGCAAACAUUCACUAUAUAGCCGAAAGUAUUCGGACACCCCUUUUAAUAAACAAAUGGGUUGACCUCUGUGUGAUCCUUUCAGCUAUAACAGCGGCCGCUUUUCAUGAUUUAAACCAUAAAUCUGCUUUAAAAGGGGAUUAGAUUCUCCGAACACGUGUGCACACAGCUGACGCAUGCGCACCGAGGGUGGGUGAGGUUCCACAUUCCUCUCUUUCGAUUAGAAAUGAAUUUAAGUGACAUUUUAAUCGACAGCAUGAACGGGACGAUGAGUUCUCUGUCGGUUAUCGGUUAAUCAUCGGUCAAAGUCGCACUCCUAAAUCAAAGCCAAUACUGAUCCCAAGUUUAUAUCCUCACAGUAACUCUGGUUACAGUUGCCCUAGUUGCUGUUGGCCUGAUUUAUCCACUUAUGGCCGUCCAGGUUGUGUCAUUUUCACUCGUAGUAUUGCUCCACGCUUCUUUUAUAUUAUUAUUAUUGUUAAAACGUACUUAAUAGAAGUUAAAAAAGCAGAUUUAUCAUUAGUGAUCACCUUCAGAUACUCAGGUACUCCAGUACUUAGUACCGGUUUCAGUAGUUUAGGACGGUUUUGGCUUCGAUAUCGACACUCUGACACGUGAUUUCAUCCCUGUUAAGACUCACAGUUUGUACCAGCAGCAGAAUGGAAAGUGUGUUUGAUCAGACCUCAGUCACAUGUACAGCUUUCUUCUGUCGUCAUGUAUAGAUGGGUAAAAAAACUGAACUCUGGGGGUGGGAGGGAGGAUCUUGGGUUUUGGACCGGACACAUUCAGGUCAAUAUGAAAUAUUUCUGACCAUUUCUCUGAACGACGGGAACACAUUGGAGCGAUUGUUUCUUUAGUUGUUGGACAUGAAUCGGUUUAUCUGGUUUAUUUUCUUCUUGUGUUUGUAUUAACAUUCAUAAGUGGAUCGGGACUGACUGACACGUUAUUAUAGACUCGAUGUUGUUACAUAUAUAAGCUAUACAGAUGUAGUUUGUGCUUAUGUACAGUGUAUUAUGUUCCUAUAUAUAAGAAUAUGGCAGGGAUAAAGUUUACGUUCUAUUUUUCGUUUCCUAAUUUUAUAAGAAAAUACAAUUUAAAGCAAACAUUGAAUGUAUUAAGUGUCAUGAAUAGAUUCAUUACUGUAUAAGCAUGUGCCAACAUGUGCCGCACAUUUAAACGCAUCGUCGGUGAAAGUCGGGCAAUAAUUUCACACCAGACGUCUGAAUAAAAGCCUCUGCACUACGA